AUGCAACGAUCCUCAUCGCUCCCGGGGCCUGGGCAUGCCUCACCUCCCAUUUCCUCAACAAUCACUCAUGUGUCGUCCAGGAGCCCGACGCCUUCUCCACCGGAGAAGAACGGUUUACCACAAAUACAACGAUAUCAGUCGAGAAGUCCACAAAGACCAACCACUUCUUACAAAGACCUACCAAGUGACACGGGUAAGAAAAGAAGUACUGUUCAGGAUUCUUCGCGUUCGCGCUCGCCCUCACCUACAGCUGCCCAGGACGUUCCAGGCGCCGUUGAUAGAUCGUCCACUCCAAGGCCGCACAACCAAGAAUUUAUAGCUCCAAUGAAGAUGCCUCAGCCUUUAUUGCAGGAUGUCUCCCAAUAUAUGAACACCCAUAUUAGUGCCGUAACUGCAAUGACUACGAACACGAGCCUUGAAGAGCUUGCCCAUUUAGUUAGGUUGUCCACGUACCAGGAGAAGAAGCGUGCCCAUUCACGCAUUCGUUUACAAAGAUCCUUGGUGUCAACCGCGCUAUCUGCCCGCUUGGCACGUUGUGGAGAACUGGCACAUAGAACCCUGGUUGACAACUUCAGGGCCGACGAGAAAAAAAACUUUGCCAGCCUUUAUAAUGCCAUACAUGAUGUCCGAAACUCAUGCGAUGCCUCUCGGCGCUUCGCUUUAUUGGAGCCUGAUUUUGACCAUGGACAAUCAAGUAUAUCUGGUAUCGAGGACACAGGCCCUAUGUUGAACUUUAUGCAUGGGAUUCCCCUACGAUCUCGUGAAUGCCUGCUUAAUUUUUUGACCCAAAUCAGGACAAACUCGGAUUAUUUAGCUAGCCGUAUAGCCAGCCUUACGUCGACGGAGUUGUCGGCCUUGACAAAUUUCCAUCAAGGUUUAGAAGCCAUCGAUUCUGUUCUGCCCUUUCACACUCGUUCUAAGGGCCAUUCAGCUAGUGCCCACCGCAUCCUUUCGCAUAUACCCUCCGCAGUUGAGCGUUUGCUUUCUUUCCAGCGUCAUGAUCCUUUGUCUGCCUUGAUUCACACUUGUUUUGCAAAUUCCGCUGGUCCCGAUUCGCUUGAGGAUCUUAGGAGAACUGAUGUCUGGGCCACCGCGUGCGCCAGGUUAAUUACCGAGAGCAAAAGCGGAACGGAUCCCUUCAUCUGCAGCGUUUUGAACGUCUGGACCACCAUGAGAGACUGGUCAGGGCGAAGCAAUAUGGAAUGGUAUUUGAUGAAAAUUCUUGAGGAUGGAGCCUUUUUAUUGGAAAAAGCCGAGGAUCAGGCUGGUACCCGGAUACAUGUCGAGCCACGGAAUGCCAAGGACUCUAUAGCUGCAGAUGAGUUUUAUGAUGCAGCAAUUCAUGGCCUUUUCGAUAUUAUUGACGAUCCAGGUGCAGGAGGAAUUCCAGAAGGUCUAAUCGAACUUGGCAACGCCAUUCUUCGAAAACUCGAUCCCAAAAGACAUGGACCCACCAGGAGAUUUCUAGUAUCAAAAUGGCUAUUUUCUGUUUUCUUAUUGAACGCAAUAAUCCAUCCAGAGUCAUACGGCAUGAUGUCGGAAUAUCACAUCACGGAGUAUGGUAGGCAAAAGAUUUUGAAAGAAGUUGCGAUGCGCGCACAGCGCUUUGUCGUUGAUAUGACCUGGAAUAAGUCCUCUCCACCGCCGGUGAUUAAAGCUCACAUAGAAAAUAUCUUGGCACGUUUCCGUUCCUCAAGACCAUCAAAAUCCAUUGCGAAACUUCUGCCCGCCAGGUCUAUUACAUCCUUGAGGGAGACAGCCGAGGUGCACCCUUAUCUUGUCCUUGCUCCUGCCGAUCUAAUGACUAUGGUAAAUGCAUUGUUUCCGGAAAGUCGACCUGCAUCGAGUUUCUCCACCAAAGAUUCGCAUCUCAGUGGCUUGCGAUCUACGGCUUCUUCUGUCUCAGGAAUGUCUGCCAUAUCAGUGCUACUACCGCAAGUACCUACUCGUGAAACUUUAGACGGUGCUUCCAUAAUGAGUAAUAGUGGCUCAUCGACAAUUAGUGAUGUAACUACAUCCAGAGAGCCCCUGCUCAAUGAAACAUCAAGCACACAACAACAAGCAUCGUCUAUAUCAAUAUCAUCUAUUUGUCAGAACCAACGACUUAGUUAUUAUGAAGAUGAUGGGUUUGAGCUCCGGGAAGCUCUGCAAGAGAUGUCGCGAUCUCUAGGUAGCGAUACCAUCUCUGGCGCAUGCCAUCCUUGCGCUGAGCGAUGGACUGUUCUAUUUAUGACGCCCGACGGACAAGGAUUAUCGACCCAAAUGCUUCACGAUGACGAUGGAGAUGACGAAGAAGGUACUUCAAGCAGUGACACCGAUGAGGAUAGUAAUGGGUAUCAUUCAGAUCUUGACAAAGAUUACCAUCAACUAAGAAGUUCGAUCCUGAAACUUGUGGAAGAUUAUGAGAUUCCCGAAUCGUUGGAUUCAAGAAUUGAAUCGAAGACUUUCAGUAAUCGUACAUCAAUCCUUGAGACUCCUCGUAGGAAGCAUCACAGCAAGCCGAAGUCGUUGGCUCAAAUACAAUCGAGGAAUCCCUACCGGUCCCGUGAUCAAUCCCCCAGAGUGGAUAAAGCUUUCAAAGGAACUGACGCCAGGUAUGCAAAACAGAGAGCCGAAAUGGAGGCAGAGGCCCCCUCCGUUUUAAUUUCUAUGCUAGAGGCUGCAGGGUCUCAAUGCAAGGCACAGUCUGAUUUCAUCAAUGCUCAUCUAUACUGGAAAACUCUAAGACAGCUUAAUCAACUGUCAUCCGCUUCAUUGAAGAGAGAUGGCUUUGCAUCUCUCCUGACCAUUCUUUCAAGAGGACCCAGGGACUGCAUCCGCCGCUCCACUAGUGCAAUCGAAGAAUACGACGCAUGGUUGGUUUGGCUCAAGCAGUCACAGGAACGCCAUGAUGUAACAAUUGAAUCUAUGAUGAAACGUCUGAAGGCUCUCCGCGAUAAAAUGUGGUAUGUCACCGAUGUUCGGAAUUCGGCAGCGUAUGAGGGAGCCCGGAACAUUGCCAUAGCUUUGAAGUGCAUGGUCUCACCAAAGAAAGGAUUUCAUUUGGACAAGUCUAGCGCUCGUUCUCGCAAUACUCCGAAGCCAUUAGCAAACAAUUUUCUUCUGAAGACAGAGGCACAAGUCAUGGACAUGAUGGCUGCUAGUGAUGACCAAGGCGGCCCAAAUAAACUUUCGGACGAGCAAGCCGAGAAAACCCUGAGGUGGUUGUCUCAAUUCGGAAUCGAGAACUUUUGCAAGGGCGAAGAACGAAUCCAUAGAUUUGGUUUAGAAAUCGAGACGUGCAUUAAUAAACUAGUUGGAGAUAACUUGAUGGAAGGGCCUGUUCUUUGGUCUAGUGAACUAUAUAAUAGAGACAAGCGGAUUUUGGACAGCGGAAAACAAAAAGGCGAUCUGUCUUUGAAUAAUACUCGAUAUCUCAAUUUAAUUGGAGAAGAUAUGACUGAUACAGAUACCAAACGCCGCGGCCUACGCAGCACAGAUCUUAAUCGUCCUGGGAUUCACGACCUUCGGGCUAUGUCUACCAAGAAUAAUUCUCAGCAAAGUUUCAGCUCAGGAAGGUUCAGCACACCACGGAUAAACCCUCCCGGAGACCUUAUGGACUCCCAGGAUUACUUCGGUAUGGCAAGUCCCGUAUUGACAAUAGAUUCUGCAACAACCUUUUGGUCGCCUUUCCAAACACGAGCCCAGUCCCCAACCACGAGCAUCAGUAGUCAUCGCCCGGAUACUGCUUCAUCUACCAACGAGACCAUCAUGCUAAAGGAUGACAAUAUGAAUGCAGCUAAACAACGAUUCCUGACAGAAUUGAAGCAAAGUUUGACGAGUUUACUUCUUAGUGACCUUGGUACUCUCGUUUUCGCUCGUGGGAGCGAGACGGACUCUUGGUUUUCGGGUUCCAUAGGUCAAGAUUGUGUCGAAAGAAGGGACCGUGGAGAUCGGAGAGCCAAGAGGAAGAGUAGAAAGCGUGUAAUCGAAAAGAAGAAGAGCUUUGGGGACCUUCGUGGAGCUCAAAAGACAGAGCAGCUCCCGAUUGAACGCCAAGACUUGCUUGUAGAAAAGGCAGAAAAGAGUUCCACAUCGAGCAACAAAAGUGUCCCUGAUACUGGAGCUUCGGAAAAUCGCUCUACCACGGAAAGCUCCUCCACUAGCGAUUCUGUUCACACAAGAGCUAGAAAGAGUACGAUGAGAGCCACAAAAGAAUCAGAUAAUUCCGAAUUCCCUUACAGAAUGGCUUUCCAGCGUUUAUUGCGUAUGUUUUCUGUUCAUCCCAAUCCAUACGCGAAGCUUAACGCGCUAUACGAGCUCGAGCACUUGAUCGUAGCUUACUUGACGCCAUCCACCUCAAGACGUCCCCGAGUUCGGCAGGAGCCCAUACCUUCUCCACAAUCCCCUGAGACUUCGCACCAUAACGCUUUUGGGCCCACUGAUGCAACAGCAACUACUCCAAGAGCAAGGACUCUCGGAGAAGCGAUUGGCAAUUGCAAAGAGCGUCGGUCCCAUACGCUCAUUCAAACAGAGAACCCCCCAUUAGUCAAUCGAAAUACUGAACGGUAUUCGAGCUUGAAUGUACCAACUGCCGCGAGUACGGAUAUGAUUGUCGAUGUCUUGCAAGACCUGUUUCGCGACCCAGAAAUGAGGCCAAAGACAUUAUUUCGUGAUCUACAAUUCAUUGCCUCGUUUGUCCCAGCUGCUACUUUAGACAAAACCGAACGCGGGAAAGCUUUCUGGGACGCUGGACUUGCUGCACUUGGUCUUAAACAAGAUGUCUGUCGUACACUAAUCGAGAUCGCAGAUGAGAUAGUGGUACAUUACACCCAAAGUCGCAAGACAACAACCGCUUUGUCAGAUUCCUCGUCUCCCAACGGUGAGUUGAUAAAAUAUAGCAUGCAGGAUGCUGCCAAUAUGUGGACGAUUACGGCGAAAGAAGGAGACCCUGUGGCAGAGCGCGAACUUGCCAUAUUUUAUUUGACCCACCCCGAACUGGUGGAAAGAAUCACUGCUCCAUUAAGCAAACCUCGUGAAACCUUCAAAGCACAGGUCAUGGAAAUGCACCAAGGCAAAGAAGGUGUGGUGACGGAGAGGGAUAGGGAGAGGAGCGAUCCUGCCACCAUGUGUGUUGCUUAUCAUUGGAUGGAACUAAGUGCACUUGGUGGGGAUGAAUUGGCAAAGAAGUAUCUACGACAGCGCGAGGAGCUGAACGCUAUUCCAUGA